AUGGUAAAUUGGGAUGACAUUGAUGACUUGUCAUCUGUCUACAUAAACAACGUUGUUUAUCCAGAUUCGAAUUUGAAUCCAGAAGAGUCUGCUUCAGAUGAUGAAAGCUUGUCUGAGGAGUUUGAGAUGCCCAAGUCCGUCUAUGUGACUUCCGUUCCGCGAAAAGUUUUCAGUACUGAAGAGACCAAAGCAGAGUUCGAAUCUUUGUUCACAAAUGCAACUGGCUUUUCCUACUUUCCGAAUUUUAGAAGGGCAAGAGUUGCUUUUCGAGACUCAAGAGAGGCAUGCAAGGCUCGAGUCAUUUUCCAUUUGUAUCGUUACAUGGGUGAGCAGUUCCGUGUUUAUCUCACCAACCACACUGCCAAACACGACUCCCGAGAGAUGGAUCACCUUAAGCCGCCAAAACCGACAAAGGUGUUUCUGAUUUCGCCGCCACCAUCGCCACCAGAGGGCUGGGUACAGGCAGUUGAGGAUCGCCCAAGUUCGAACCAGCCUGGACUGGCCUUGGAACUGAUUCAACGGCUCGCGUCGCUCAAAGGCGGCGAGUCCCACGAAAUCGUCGAAUCAUCUGACAUGCAUCCGUCCAUCGUACUGUCUGCUUGUGCUGACGAGCAGUAUGAAAAAUUCGAUAAGAAGCCAAAGUUCUCUAUCCCGCAAACUCGCCGUCCGGAGAUGCCACGCUGA